GGUAUUUCAACAUUACAUUCUCGAUUUUUACAUUCCGUCGUUUUUCCUCGUCAUCACAUCUUUCGUGUCAUUUUUCAUGGACCCAGCCGCUGCUCCACCAAGAGUAACUCUGGGAACGAGUACCAUGCUGACCUUCAUCACUCUCGCAAGAGGCAUUGAAGCUUCUUUGCCGAAAGUAGCUUACAUUAAGUCGAUCGAAAUUUGGUUUUUCGGAUGUAUAACUUUCAUUUUCUUAUCACUGGUGGAGUUCACGUUGGUUCACAGCAUUCAAUCCUCUGAGAAGCCCGUGUAUCACGUGAAGAGGGCGACACCGUCUCACAUUAUUCGAAGGGCAAUAUCCACAUCUGCGAGCAGAAAAAAUUCUGAGCCGAAUUCCCUCAAAUUUUCAAUUCGAAAACGCAGAUUGUCAGAAGACGGCAUGAGAAAAACGGAAUCCGUGCCUGAUUUCAAUGAAAGAACAACGACGUCCGUUGAAAAUUACCUUACGGUGUACGACAAUCCACUCAUUCAAGGCAUAAGUUUGUCAAAUCCUUCCACGUUGACGAAUCGAGCCACUUUUGAAAAGGUCCCGAGCGUUCAUUCAGUUUUUUCCGCGUCUUCAAGCAUUAAUUUCGAACAAAUGGACGAGAUGGAAUCGCGAAAUUUGUCAACUUUGGCAAGAAAUGAUGAUACGACAACUCAGGAUUUAGAGCGAACCCGGGAAGAACUUCGCAAGUUCACACGGAAGAAGAAUGGGUUCAUGUCUAAAAUCGUCAGCACCCUGUUUCGCUCAUCUGCGCCAAAAAUUGUUGUCCUGGAUGAAGAGGAUUCAGCAAAGGCGAGAAGGAACCAACCAAAACUCACUCCAAAAAAGGCCGCCCGAAUUAUUGACAGAUAUUGCAGACCAAACAUGGCGCCAACGAGCAGUUUAAAGGACUCGUUUCUGAAAUGGCGCGGAUUGUUCGUGGUGCUGGGCGGGUUUUUGAUCCACUUGUCUUUGGGCAGUGUCUACUCCUUUGGUGAG